CGGAGGCCUACCUGCUAUCCCUGUGCCCGUGUCACCAUGUCGGCCCUCAGCGGCGGGGUGGUAAUGCUUCUUAGUUUAGCCCUGCUCAUCGAGACGGCCGGCUGUGACGGGGGCCAUUCCGUCCCGCAGAGGGAGUCUACUCAACGACUGGUGCGUGAUGAACUGCAGUCAGGAACGGAACGUCUGGGGAGCAGGCUGGAGUCCAGGAUGCAGGCUCUGGAACGCAGAAUGGAGUCACGGUUUGAGUCCAUCGAAGACAGACUGACUCCGCUCUACUCCCGGAUGGAGGAGCUGACCGGCCGACUGGACGGCCAGCAGACUCAGCUAGACCAGGUCGUCGCACAGCUGAACGGCCAAAAAUCCCAGCAGGACGAGACGACAGCCACAGUGAACGACCUCACAGAACGACUGAGUGCUAUCGCCAUCAACAUAGAAAAUCAUGUGGCUGAAAUGCGUAAAUUGGCUACAAGGCUCGACAGCCAGCAGUCACAGCUGACCAAACUCGAUUCUCAACUCACAGAACAAAAAACCAUGGACAGUGACGCAACAGUGACUAUGGAUACAGUGAAUCAGCAGUAUCCACGUGAUUGCAGCGGUCUGCCUGUCGACUCCCCAUCUGGAGUCUACCUCCUUCGGCCCAGUGGUGACAGUCAACAGCUACCCGUCCAGGCGUACUGCGAUAUGGACACUGCCGGAGGGAACUGGACGGUGUUCCAGAGGAGAGACGACAUUGAACCCCGCCAGGGCUUCUACCUCGGAUGGACGGACUUCAAGGAAGGCUUCGGAAAUCUAGCCCAGGAGUUCUGGUGGGGCUUAGAAAAGAUAUGGCAGUUGACGUCAGCAAAGGACCGACCGUACGAGCUUCGCAUUGACCUUGAGGCAUUUGACGGCAAUCGAUCAUACGCCAUAUACCAAGAGUUCCGUAUCUCGUCUGAGGUGGACGGCUAUAGACUGAGCGUCUCCAACUACACGGGAACUGCCGGGGAUGGUCUGCGGCUGAACGUCAAUGAGAAGUUCUCGACCCGUGACCGUGACCAGGACGGCUCGUCUGUCCGCCACUGUGCAGAGCGCCGUCAAGGGGCCUGGUGGCACAACGCGUGCGGGUCCAGCAGCCUGAACGGACGAUACCAGGACAGCGCUAAAUGGACCAUCAUUGGAAUAUGGUGGUGGGAGUGGAUGGAGUAUCAGUCACUGAAGAAGACCGAGAUGAAGAUCAGGCCCACUUAACUAACCUACACGCAGAGGAGGACAUCACAGUUGUGUAGCUACCCCGGUGACACGUGUACGGAGCCUCUGUCACCGUCAUUAACUCUUAACACUAACACAUAUAAUAAGCGUUAGAGUGUGGAGUUCUUACUCCACGUAACGUUAUAUGUUGGUACAACUCGGCGCCUUUUUUGCGGACGGAAGCAUAAUAUGCAAUUAUUUAUACACGCCUUUUUAUAUUGUACCCAGUGCUUCUAUUAUCUGACUACACUUAAAACAAUUUAACCUGAGACCGGCGAGUAUACCGUUGCCUCGUGUGUACUCCUAUCCGCAACCAUUUUUAACCACCCUCCCAGAGUAAAGCUAGGUCCCAUUGCAGUGUAGUCGUACCCAUGCCUUAGUGAAAAUAUCCGUUGAGAGCGGACAUGUCUGCUGAGAGUGGGUACGACUAUACUUAACAUUUUUUUUUCUUACAAACAAUAAAGCUGGUGUCAGAAAAAAAACGUUCUAUGCAAUGGGCCCUAACUUUACUCCUGGGAGGGUGUUUAAAAAUUGUUGCGAGUAGGGGUACACUCGAGGCACCGGUUUACUCGCCGGCCUUGGGAAUUGUUCUCAGUGUAGAUGGUGCUAACUGCUAUCUUAUGUUUUUGUUUCGGGAACAUAUAAUUGGCAUUGUAAUGCUUAUAUAACCUAUAGUUAUAACUUACUGUUCUUUGUGUGAAAAAUAUAACUACCUAUACAAACUUAAUACAAACGUGUUCAUGUUGACUGUUAUCCUACAGUCAUAGUGUAAUAAUAUUAUUCUUUACACUAUGCUAUAAUUGCUAUAGUCAGUGAGCGAGUAAUCGUAGCGAAGUGAGAGAGCGAGUGAGUUUAUCUGUGGUUUAACGAAAAAAUCUCAGUAUGGGCGGCCUGUCCCGCGGCCCGGCUCGGCUCCAUGACUCUUUUACACCCUUAUAUCUCCGAAACUGCUCCACCGAUCGACUAGCGG